AUGCAGGGCACAACAGCACCACCACCUUGACCCAACGGCUUCCGUCUCCUGCAAGGCUGCCAAAGCAAAGCAGCCCGAGUGGCAAAAAUGCCCAUCUGCCCGCUCCCCUAAUACUAUGUGCAUAAAGCAGGAGCGCAGAGUGAAUGCAGGCUGGUAGCGACCCCAAACAAGCACACUCCGUACGGCUUUACCAGUUUCCCGACGACAUUCCCGGUUGGAAGCCCGACAACCAAGCCUCUGACGUCAUAGUCUUCUUGGGUCCCCUGGCCCUGGCGUGGACCCUGAAUGAGCAAACUCCCAGCCUGGCACGGUGCACCGGCACAAAAACUUGUUGGGAGCAACGUGAACGUGAACCGUGUGUGGAUGUCCCGUGCGCGCGGGCCCCCCUCUCCACCCCACUCAUAAUCAAUUCAAGUUCCUCUACCAGUUUCCGCGCCGGACUCUCUUUGAGGAUAAAUAAUAGGGGAGAAAUAAAUUAUGAGACCCCUAAACCGUUCACGGCAGGGGUGGAGGCCCUGAUUGGGGCCGCGUGGGCUUCGACGUUACAUUUUUCAAUUUUCCGAGCGAGUUCUCUUUUGGGCUGCGGAAGCACGGUGCCGUGUUUCAUGUUUGGUGCGAGGGGGAUCAGGGAUUCGGGAAGGGGGAAGGGGAAGCAGGGCAGCCAGUGGCCAGCGGUCAGCAGUCUGGAGGGGCUUGUGAGUGGUGGGAGGGGUGAGGGAUGCUGGGGGCGUUCGGAAAGCGGUGUGCGGCGUGCCCCUCGUGGACAAAAAACGUUGGAGGGAGAUUUCGAAGUGUUCGGCGAGGGCAACAAGGUUGGAGAAGUGGAUAUUGAACUACUCCGGGUGGAAAGCGGUGGGGUCGCCAUACAUAGUAGAGUUUGUACCUACCUACCUAUCGACGGGAGCUUACUGUUAGGCAGGAACCGCAGGAAUACCCAACUUCCCCAAGGACACUUUGUCGAAGUUUAUUGAUGCAGCGUCAUUAUUUCAUCAUCUUCGUCCGUCUACCACCGCAGGUCUGUUCCGCCGCCUUGUUGAAGGAUUGAAUCAUCAUGGAAUUAUGGCAUUACCAGCUCUAACAGUACCCCAUCCAAAUCCCAUUCCCAUUCCCAUCUCCCGCAGCAGCAGCAGCAGAAAGAAAAGAAGAGGAC